AUGUUCUGCACAAGUAAAGAUGAUGAUGGUGUUGGUGUUGAAGGUAAGAAUAAUGAUGCUGCUGAUUGUGAUGAUGGUGAUGAUGAUGAUGGUGUUGGUGAUGGUGAUGAUGUCGAUGAUGAUGUUGAUGAUGGUGAUAAUGAUAAUGAUGGUGAUGAUGGUGAUGAUGAUGAUGGGACUGAUGGUGGGGAUGAUGAUGGUGAUAAUGAUGGUGAUGAUGGUGAUGAUGGUGAUGGUGAUGAUAAUGAUGAUGAUGAUGGUGAUGAUGAUGAUAGUGAUGAUGAUGAUGGUGGUGAUGAUGAUGAUGAUUGUGAUGAUGAUAGUGAUGAUGAUGGUGAUGAUGAUGAUGAUUGUGAUGAUGAUAGUGAUGACGAUGGUGAUGAUGAUGAUGAUUGUGAUGAUGAUAGUGAUGACGAUGGUGAUGAUGAUGAUGAUUGUGAUGAUGAUAGUGAUGAUGGUGGUGAUGAUGAUGAUGAUUGUGAUGAUGAUAGUGAUGAUGAUGGUGAUGAUGAUGAUGAUUGUGAUGAUGAUAGUGAUGAUGAUGGUGAUGAUGAUGAUGAUUGUGAUGAUGAUAGUGAUGAUGGUGGUGAUGAUGAUGAUGAUUGUGAUGAUGAUAGUGAUGAUGAUGGUGAUGAUGAUGAUGAUUGUGAUGAUGAUAGUGAUGAUGAUGGUGAUGAUGAUAGUGAUGAUGGUGGUGAUGAUGAUGAUGAUUGUGAUGAUGAUAGUGAUGAUGAUGGUGAU